CUGCUUUCCACCCAAGCUUCAACUACAAUAUGAUACCGCCUGCCAUCCCCCAAUAACGACCGUAUUUUUUACUCUCCGACUACGCGAUCGAGCCUUGUAGAGCUCCCACCAAAAUGGCGACGCCCACACCUUCGAGCAAGACGCCGUCCGGGCAUCUCCCCGCCUUCUCCUCGCCUGCCCCGCGCAGCGUUCCUCAUACGGGCAACCUGGGCAUGAUGAACUACGACUCACCGGCGGUGCUCAACAUGCUCCACGAGGGCGGGGUGGGCAUGGGUAUCAGCAUGAGCGGACUGGGCAUGUCGCAGCUGGGGCUUAGCGCAAGUUCGUUGGGGCGCGCAGACGAGGCGGAGAGGACGCGCCGGCUGCACACGAUCCUCGACACGCUGAAGGAGAAGCCCGGGCGCGUCAGCGAGGAGGGGCUUCUUGCACUAUCUAAGAGAGUAGACAUAGUGGUUCAGCCGGAUCCCGACGGCAAGGCACACGCGUAUAUCCUAGUCAUUGGCGAGAACGCUAUGUGCGAAGUCUCCUUCAUCAAUGACGAGGUUGCGACAAUCGACCUUCAGACUGGCCUGGAUGGCGAACAUCCUGAGCUGAAUUUUGGCGCGACGGGUUCUCAGAUCUUGGUGAGAAGCUUGAAGCCCCUACCCGGACAAAGCAAGAUCAAUGUCACGCUCGAGCGGUUUGCCGAGAAUCUGGAGAAGCUGUUGACUUUGGAUAAACUGAGUGCGCCGCAGAAUGGUGGAGUCAGCUGCUACGAUGCCAUCGCGGGUGUCUAUACGAGUCUGCGGAGGCUAUUCGAGCACGAGAAGAAGAUGGCGCUCGCCGUUAUGGAAGCAAAUACGUCUUAUAUGGAUCACAAGGCGGAGAGAGAGGUUAUGUGCAAGAAGAGUGGGCGCCCACGGUUGAACGGCGGGUUGUGUCUGGGGCUGAGUCUGGAGUAUUGGAUGGACAGGCGGCAUAUCAUACGAAAACCGCGGCCAUCACAACAUACUUCAGGGAAGGGCAAGGAACAAGAGAACUCCGACUCCCAACCCGAACCCUCAUACCCUGAAGACGACGACUCCGCAACAAACAAAAUGUACUCCCUCACCAUAGAAUGCGAGUCCUCCCCCUCCGCCCUCUUCACACCAAUCCGCAUAUCUCCCUCCUGGCUCAGCGACGCCAUCGAAAAGCCCGCAGACGCAAACGACACAAACGCCUCCCUCGACACCAUCCUACUCAACGCGCCGUCAAUAGAUUGGCUCGACCCCAAACCAACAUACCUAGAACCCUCGACCAACACCGACGCAAUGCACCUCGACUCGGCCCCAGGCCGCCUCCCCAACAUCCGCUUCGUCGCGAAAUUCAACCCCCCGCUCGUCGUCCCUCUGACCGUGUACAUGCAACUCUACCAAUCCGUCGGCAUCGAGCCACGACCAGAAGAAUUCCGCGCCACGACGUUUGUCGGCCUGGCGCUGAGACCCGGGGACGUGGAUCCCGGCAUGACGAGCACGGGUGGCGGGACGCACGAGAUCCGCGCCUCGCGGACUGUCCUUGUCGUCGACAAAGAAGGCGGGAGGAAAAAUAGACGCCUGCCGUUUGCACACCCGAAGCAGAUCGUAGAGGUGCUGCCCAUACUGCGCCAGUAUGCCUGCGCAACCAGCCUCCUCCGCGCGGUGUUCUGCGAGGAAACGUACCCGGGGACUCAGACGCAGGGAAGGGAAGAGACGCUGCAACUCGACGUAAACCUGUCGUACACGCCCCCAGCCCCCCGCCUCACAUUGCACAUCCCGCACCCCUUAUCCUCUUCCUCCUCACCAACUCCCGGCACAAACCCCACUAUCUCUUCCCUCCUCGCAUCACUCCUCCUCCCGUCCUCCACCGACACCGAAAACAACAAAGACACCACGGCCUUCCACCCCCCCCUAACAGUAACCCUCGACAUCCAGCCCAACGCCGACCUCCUCAUCGCAGAGCAAAACAUCCUCGACCUGCCCACCCUGCAGAGCACCGCCAGGGAGGCGGGCGACGUCGAUAUGGAUAAAGUGGAGCUGGCGGAGCAGAAGGUUAAGAGGCUGGGUAGGGCGCUGGAUGUUUGUGGGGAUCUGGGCGUGUGGAGUGAGUGGUUGAGGCGGGAGGUUGGGCGUGUAGAUUGAGGCGGUGGUGGGGAGAUGGAUAUAUUAUUCUUAGCAUUGUGCGCGGGAUUCGAGGGAUGGAAUGGGCUGGAACAACUUUCCGGGCAUGAAUAAGGAGGUUUAUUCUCAAGGAAAUGUGCAGUUUUUGUGUAUGGUGUGUGAUGUGAACUUGUUUCGUCAAGUAUCAAGUUCGUCGGACAAGAUCAACCAUGAACUACUAGAAUAUAUGCAUACAUGACAACAGCAAAUCACAAAGGCAAUCAUAUGAAGUGUUCAUGGAAUA